AUGAAGUUCCUGGUGGACAUCCAGACGGCGGCCAAACCGGCCCAGUUUUGUGCCCUAGUGCCCUGGUACUCUGGCCACGAUGAGGAGACCUUCCAGACGAGCAGAAUCGGACGCUGGUACGGACGACUGGUGGCUUUGGUUCUGCUCCUGAGCACCAUCAAGCUGGCCGAAGGCGUCAUCUUCGAGUCGGGUCAGUACAGACUGUUAACAAGCGCCCAGGGCGACACCGAGGAGAUCAACCGGACUAUCGAGACGCUCCUCUGCAUGUUCAGCUACACGAUGAUGGCUCUGUCCAGCGUCCAGAAUGCCUCUCGCCACUGCCGCAUCCUUAAGGACUCGGCCGGCAUUGACGAGUUCCUCGAUGCAUGUGGCUAUCGGCGGAAGUACAGUUGCCGCUGGCUGGGUAUCCUGGUUGCCAUGGCCUCUCUAGGAGUCCUUGGAGUGGCCUUCUACUAUAUUCACUACCGGAGCGAUAUUAAGAUGAAGCGUCAAGUCCACCUGAUGCUCUUCUACUCCCUCCAGCUGCUCUACUCCACGGUGUUUUCGCUGUACCUCAACACAAUGUUCAUGAACUUGGCCCAAAGGAUCGGAUUCCUCAACCAGCGACUGGAGGACUUCUCGCUGACGGAAACCGAGGGGGCCUGCGAUCGGGACAGCUGGCGAGAGCUGAGCAACAUGAUUGAGGUUCUGUGCAAGUUCCGCUACAUCACCGAGAAUCUGAACUCCGUGGCGGGAGUGGCGCUUCUGUUCUUCUUCGGAUUCUCGUUCUACACUGUAACCAAUCAGAGUUAUCUGGCAUUUGCCACCUUGACGUCUAUUGCCGGAAGUGUGAGCAGCCAAUCGGAGACGGCCAAUACGAUGGGCUUGUCGUGCGCCUGGGUUGUGGCCGAAACCAUUACCAUGGCCAUAAUCUGCAAUGCGUGCGAUUGCCUGGCCUCCGAGACGAAUGCCACCGCCCAGAUCCUGGCCAGAGUGUAUGGCAAGAGCAAGCACUUCCAGAACCUCAUCGACAAGUACCUCACCAAGAGCAUCAAGCAGGACUUGGAGUUCACCGCCUAUGGAUUCUUCUCAAUUGAUAACUCCACGCUCUUCAAGAUCUUCUCGGCGGUUACCACCUACUUGGUGAUUCUCAUCCAAUUCAAGCAACUGGAGGACUCUAAAGUGGAGGAUAUUGCUACAAACACUUAA